GAGACAACCGUCCAGGCUUGAUUCAGUCGCAGAAAGCAGCACCACAGAGGUCUCGUCAAUAGAACCAAUACGAUUUCUUCGCCAGGAUGGGGUGGCGGUGGUGCUCUGCUUCUGCUGCUGUGGUCGUUCUCCGCGUUCGCCUUUCGCUCGCCCUGAGCCAGGCUCGUCGUCCUCCAGGCGGCCGACGGCGGCUCAGCCCGCUCUUUGGAGGAAGGCCAGGCGCUUCCCCUGAGGUGCGCCAGCGACGUGACGUGGAGUGGUCGGAAGCGGUGGUCGAAGACCGAGUGAAGAGGUCACCACAGCGCCGCCCUCGACCUCGACCUCGACCACGCCCACGCCCACGCCCGCCCAUCAUCAUCAUCCCGGGC